AUGAUUUCAUUGAGCGAUAUAGAAAGUCGAAUUGUACUCAAUGUUGGUGGAACACGAUUUGAAACAAUGAAAUCAACAUUGAAAAAAUUACCGGCUACACGUCUAUCCAAAUUAACUGAACAAUUAUCUCAUUAUGAUCCCGUAUUAAAUGAAUAUUUUUUUGAUCGUAAUCCAAAUGUUUUUUCACAAGUUCUUAAUUAUUAUCGUACAGGAAAAUUACAUUAUCCUACGAAUGUAUGUGGACCACUAUUCGAAGAUGAAUUAUCUUACUGGGGAUUACAGCGUGAAGAUGUUGAACCAUGUUGUUGGAUGACAUAUACAAGACAUCGUAGUACACAAGAAACAUUACAAAUUAUUGAUAGUCUUGAAUUAGAUACACUAUGUUCAACAAAAGAAGAUAUAAUGAAGAAAUUUCAUUAUGAGGAUGAAAUAUUGCAAGGAAGAGAAUUAUCGACGGGAAAACGAAUUCGAACAAUUAUUUGGCAAAUAUUUGAAGAAUCAAGAUCAUCGACUAUAUCAAAGAUUAUCACUGUAAUAUCCGUAUUUUUUAUUUUAAUUUCAAUAAUGUCAUUUAUGUUACAAACAAUGUCAGUAUUUAAUGUAACUGAAAUUAAUUUUGUAACAGCUUAUAUUAAUUCGACGACUAUGAAACGAAUGCCAACACCAAACGGCGAAGAUAUAACUCAAGCAUUUCAAAUUAUUCAAUGGACAUGUAAUGCAUGGUUUAUAUUUGAAAUUACUAUUAGAUUUAUUGUUAGUCCAAAUAAAACAUUAUUUUGUAAAUCAGCAUUUAAUAUUAUCGAUUUUUUAGCAACAUUUUGGUUUGUUUUAACUUAUAUAUUAACAAAUAUAUUUCAUAUACCUGAAAAUGAAGGAUUUGAUUUAAUAUCAACAAUUCGUGUUGUGAGAAUAUUUAGAUUAUGUACAUUACAUCCUGGUCUCAAAAUUAUUGUUAUAGCAAUGCAAUAUUCAUCCACUAUUCUAUGGUUACUCAUAUUUUUUGUUUUUACAGCUAUUGCAUUAACAGCAUCAUUUAUUUAUUAUGCCGAACGAUCGACACCAAAUGAAGAUAAUUAUUUUACAUCUAUUCCUGAUUCACUUUGGUUUAGUAUGAUCACAGUAACAACAAUCGGCUAUGGAGAUUUAUAUCCCAAAACACUUUUAGGAAUGCUCGUUGGAGCAGUUACAACAAUUGCUGGUGUUCUUAUUAUCGAUUUACCAAUGCCAAUUAUUGUUGAAACUUUUGCCAACUUUAAUACUCAUUUAACAGCACGAUCUAAGCUACCUAAAAAACGUAGGAAAAUAGCGGUAGUUGAAAAGCCAAGAAAAGUACAAGUUUCGCCAUUAGGAUAG